UUUUCGUAUUACAUUACAAAAAUGAAUAAACGAAUGUUUCUUAUUGCUGUCUUAUUGACUGUACUUGUUAAUAAAGGAGACAGCUUAUAUUGCUACAGAUGCAAUAGUAAUCAACCUGGGUGUGGCACUCCUUUAAAUUGGCUAUGGUACUGGGGUGAAACUUGUCCAGAAUAUGAUGAUAAAUGUAUAAAAAUUAUUGAGAGAAAAGGAGCUGAAACCAUGAUAACUCGUGAUUGUUUAAGUUCUGUUCGUAGCUUUAGAAAAGAUAUUCCAGCUGAUCGGUAUGAAGGUUGCCGACCAGCUGCAAAAGAUGUUCAAUUAGGACAUUAUGUAAAUAAUUCCAUUUGGCAAUUAGAUAUUCAUAGAGACUAUUAUGAUGAAGUAACAUGGUGUUUUUGUUACUUUGACCAUAGAUGUAACAACGCUGAUAAUAUUACUGUAUCAACAGUAUUAUUACUUUUGGGUAUCAUAAUACAACAAUUUGCAACACAAAAUGUGUUCUGAAUAUUAAAUUUGUAUCAUAAAUUUAUUGGCUCUUUUUUAGAAAAUUAAAUUCGGUCUAUUUACUUCGAUUAGCAUUUGCAUUCAACAAAUCUAAGUAGUAAAUUGCUGUAUAUAGUGUAAAUAAUCAUUUAAAUAUGAAGAGUAACUAUUUUUAUAUGUAAAACAUAUAAAUUGCUGUCUUUUUAAAUAGCCAAUCAGAAAAAAUUAGAUGUUUUUAUACGUAAGAUUCCGUCCAUUUUUUUAAAAAACUGCCUUUUAAAUGCAUAUUUAACAAAGCAAGUUUUAACUUUUAUAUUUUUAUAUUUUUAUCAUAUAUGAUAAAU